GUCUUGUUAGAUAUAAACCGCUCACAAACCAAAACCCAAACGAAACUAGGGUUUGCAGAGCCACAAAGCGGAUCUCAUUUGUGAAACUUGAUUCGAUCAGCUUCGCUUAUCCCUUCAACAAUCUGUGAAAAUGACGACUCAGAUGAGCAAAAAACGAAAGUUUGUCGCCGAUGGCGUGUUUUUCGCCGAGCUGAACGAGGUCUUGACCAGAGAGCUAGCUGAGGAUGGAUACUCAGGUGUCGAGGUCAGGGUCACUCCCAUGCGCACUGAGAUCAUCAUCAGGGCCACUCGAACUCAAAAUGUUCUAGGUGAGAAGGGGAGGAGAAUCAGAGAGCUGACAUCAGUAGUGCAGAAACGGUUCAAGUUUCCGGAGAACAGCGUGGAGUUAUACGCCGAGAAAGUCAACAACAGAGGACUUUGUGCCAUUGCUCAGGCCGAGUCUCUCCGUUACAAGCUCCUAGGUGGACUCGCUGUUAGGAGGGCAUGCUAUGGUGUUUUGAGGUUUAUCAUGGAAAGUGGAGCAAAGGGGUGCGAGGUGAUUGUUAGUGGUAAGCUGAGGGCCCAGCGUGCCAAAUCCAUGAAGUUCAAAGACGGAUACAUGAUAUCAUCUGGUCAACCUGUUAACGAAUAUAUCGAUUCAGCUGUUAGGCAUGUUCUUCUGAGACAGGGAGUACUUGGUAUAAAGGUGAAGAUCAUGCUCGAUUGGGAUCCCAAGGGAAAGCAGGGUCCAGCAACACCCCUUCCAGAUCUAGUCACAAUCCAUCCUCCCAAGGAGGAAGAGGAGUACAUGAGGCCUCCACCAGUGGUGACAGCUGAUGUUGAGGUCCCCCCGGUGUUGGCUUAAACAUCUAUUACUCUACUUCAAAUGAGUUUCCAUUUUUAUAUCUUUUCUGAAUCCUUGAGUGAUGUUUUAGUUUUUUAAUGGAAGUGUGUUAAGCACUGAAGAGGAUCUUCUGUAUCCGAGUACAUUAAUAUAUAAUGGUUAGGAUUUGUUCUACCAUUAGUAACGAGACUAAUUUUGGAUGAAGAUUUUGGGAAUGUAAUAUUUACUUGGUUUUUAAGGUGUUCCCUUAGUAUGCU